CAGUGCGUUUCACAUUCUCCACCAAGCAUCGCUUGCUCACAUCCGACAAAAUGGCGGGUCGACGACGCACUGUGGUGACCGAGGGAGUGGAUACCAGCACUAUCGAGUUCGAAACGAGCGAAGAUGUCGAAGUUACACCAACCUUCGACUCUAUGGGUCUCAGGGAAGAUCUCCUGCGAGGCAUUUACGCUUACGGCUUUGAGAAACCAUCAGCAAUCCAACAGAGAGCUAUCAAGCCUAUCGUGAAGGGAAGAGAUGUCAUUGCACAGGCCCAGUCUGGUGUGGGGAAAACAGCCACUUUCUCCAUUUCCAUCCUCCAGUGUCUGGAUAUCCAGAUGCGAGAAGUCCAGGCCUUGGUCCUGUCCCCCACCAGAGAGCUGGCAACACAGAUUCAAAAGGUGAUUUUAGCCCUGGGUGACUACAUGAGUGUCCAGUGCCAUUCCUGUAUUGGUGGCACUAAUGUUGGAGAGGACAUCCGCAAGUUGGACUAUGGGCAGCAUGUUGUGUCUGGGACUCCUGGCAGAGUAUUUGACAUGAUCCGAAGACGGAACCUGCGUACCCGCUCUAUCAAGAUGUUGGUGCUGGAUGAGGCGGAUGAGAUGCUGAACAAGGGUUUUAAGGAGCAGAUCUACGACGUGUACCGUUACCUGCCCCCGGCCACCCAGGUGGUUCUGUUGAGUGCCACCCUCCCUCACGAGAUCCUGGAGAUGACAACAAAGUUCAUGACGGACCCCAUCCGCAUUCUGGUCAAGCGUGAUGAGUUGACGCUGGAGGGUAUUAAGCAGUUCUUUGUGGCUGUUGAGCGGGAAGAGUGGAAGUUUGACACCCUGUGUGACCUGUACGACACCCUGACCAUCACACAGGCAGUCAUCUUCUGCAACACUAAACGCAAGGUUGACUGGUUGACAGAGAAGAUGCGUGAGGCUAACUUCACCGUGUCGUCCAUGCACGGAGACAUGCCACAGAAGGAGAGGGAUGCCAUUAUGAAGGAGUUCAGAUCAGGUGCCAGCCGUGUGCUGAUCACAACUGACGUCUGGGCCCGAGGUAUCGAUGUGCCCCAGGUGUCCCUGAUCAUCAACUAUGACCUGCCCAACAACCGUGAGUUGUACAUCCACAGAAUCGGGCGUUCGGGUCGGUUUGGCCGUAAGGGUGUGGCCAUCAACUUUGUGAAGAGUGACGACAUCAGGAUCCUGAGAGACAUUGAGCAGUACUACAGCACACAGAUUGAUGAGAUGCCCAUGAAUGUCGCUGAUCUUAUCUAGGAUGCCACCAGUCAGACGAGUGGGACCAAAUCUUUUUAACAGAUACGAAGGAUCAUGGAAUGAACGUUGGAGGAUGUAACUAGGCUGGAGGGCACACAUGUAGCAUAAGUUAACCGUAUUAACUGUAUCUCAGCAGAUGAAAAUAAGCAUCAGUGAUUAAAAGUUUAUGGUAUGUUUUGAGGCAAAAAUAAAGGCUCCUCGGCAUUGUCUUACCUUUUUGAACACUUGGAAGUAACCACUGCUUUAUGACAAGAGUAAUGCCCAAGUAACUUUGGUUCUUGCAAGGGUAAACAAGUUUAUGACUAAUUUUUUGUGUUUUCAUUUUAGUCAUGGAACUACUGCCUUUUUGUUUUAGGUUUUAGUACUUUUAUGGUAAAUGAAUGGCUGUAGAUAAUGCAGGGUUCAUGGAAAGGUCCUGACUGAGUAGAAACCUCGGGACAUUAUAAUCUUUUCAUUUCAAAACAAGUGACUUUUUUUUUUAGAAAAAGGUGUGUUAUUGUUAAAGGAUAUGUCAAAGCACAAUGGUCCUUUGUAUGUUACAUGUAGGAACACUGAAACUGAAACAUUUAAUAUCUAUGUACAGCAGGCACAGGUUUGUCUUCUUUCUCUGAAAUAAAACCAAACUGGAAAAGA